AUGGAGAAUUACGAAAAAAUCGAGAAAAUUGGAGAGGGUACCUACGGUGUCGUGUAUAAAGCCAGAGACCUAGCCCACUCCAAUCGUAUUGUCGCUCUUAAGAAAAUUCGCCUGGAAGCCGAAGAUGAGGGUGUUCCCAGUACGGCCAUUCGCGAGAUUUCUUUACUGAAAGAGAUGAGCGACCCUAACGUUGUUCGGCUGUUCAAUAUCGUUCACGCCGAUGGCCACAAGCUCUAUCUUGUGAUGGAAUUCCUUGACCUCGACCUAAAGAAAUAUAUGGAAGCUCUCCCAGUCAGUGAGGGCGGUCGUGGAAAGGCCCUCCCAGAUGGGUCUAACAUGAAUAUGAACCGUAUGGGCUUGGGUGAAGCCAUGGUGAAGAAAUUUAUGGCACAGCUUGUGGAAGGCGUUCGCUACUGUCACAGCCACAGAAUUCUACAUCGCGACUUAAAACCACAGAAUUUGCUUAUCGACAGGGAAGGCAACCUUAAAUUAGCAGACUUUGGCCUUGCACGUGCAUUUGGUGUCCCGUUGCGGACUUAUACUCACGAGGUAUUUCUGUUUAUGCAGGGACGGGUCGUUACUCUGUGGUAUCGUGCUCCUGAAAUUCUCCUUGGUGGACGACAGUAUUCCACCGGUGUUGAUAUGUGGUCUGUCGGUGCCAUCUUUGCUGAGAUGUGCACUCGCAAGCCACUGUUCCCGGGUGAUUCGGAAAUUGAUGAAAUUUUCAAGAUCUUCCGUCUCCUUGGCACACCUGACGAGAAUACUUGGCCCGGUGUUACCUCAUUCCCCGAUUUCAAGCCCUCCUUCCCCAAAUGGAGACGCGACUCCAACGCGCUUGUCUCGGGUCUGGAGCCAGCUGGUCUUGAGCUGUUAGAAAUGCUUCUCGAGUAUGACCCGGCACGUCGAAUCUCAGCCAAACAAGCCUGUGCACACCCUUAUUUUGCCCAAGGUAGUGAAUUUUACUCCGGCCGCAGCCGCGUCAAUGGAUAUUAA